AUGGGGAAAUGGGGCCGCUCCCAGGCCAGCCAGCAAAACCUGAUCGCAGCCAAAAUUGGAGGUGAUGCUGCUACAACCGUGAAUAACAGCACUCCCGAUUUUGGUUUUGGGGGCCAAAAGAGACAGUUGGAAGAUGGAGAUCAGCCGGAGAGCAAGAAGCUGGCUUCCCAGGGAGACUCAAUCAGUUCUCAGCUUGGACCCAUCCAUCCUCCUCCGAGGACUUCAAUGACAGAAGAGUACAGGGUCCCAGAUGGCAUGGUGGGCUUAAUCAUUGGCAGAGGAGGCGAACAAAUUAACAAAAUCCAACAGGAUUCAGGCUGCAAAGUACAGAUUUCUCCAGACAGCGGUGGCCUGCCUGAGCGCAGUGUGUCCUUGACGGGAGCCCCAGAAUCUGUCCAGAAAGCGAAGAUGAUGCUGGAUGACAUUGUAUCUCGGGGUCGUGGGGGUCCCCCAGGACAGUUCCAUGACAAUGCCAAUGGGGGCCAGAACGGCACUGUGCAGGAGAUCAUGAUCCCUGCCGGGAAGGCUGGUCUGGUCAUCGGCAAAGGCGGGGAGACAAUUAAGCAGCUGCAGGAACGAGCCGGAGUGAAGAUGAUUUUAAUUCAGGACGGUUCGCAGAACACAAAUGUGGACAAGCCUCUGCGGAUCAUUGGGGAUCCUUAUAAAGUGCAGCAAGCCUGUGAGAUGGUGAUGGAUAUCCUCCGAGAACGCGACCAAGGAGGCUUUGGGGACCGGAAUGAAUAUGGGUCUCGGAUUGGCGGGGGCAUCGAUGUGCCAGUGCCCAGGCAUUCUGUCGGUGUGGUCAUUGGCCGGAGUGGAGAGAUGAUCAAGAAGAUUCAGAAUGAUGCUGGUGUGCGGAUACAGUUUAAACAAGAUGAUGGCACAGGUCCUGAGAAGAUAGCUCACAUAAUGGGACCCCCAGACCGAUGUGAGCAUGCGGCCCGGAUUAUCAAUGACCUCCUCCAGAGCCUCAGGAGCGGCCCCCCAGGUCCUCCAGGGGGUCCCGGCAUGCCUCCGGGGGGCCGAGGCCGAGGAAGAGGCCAAGGCAACUGGGGCCCUCCUGGCGGGGAGAUGACAUUCUCCAUCCCUACUCAUAAGUGUGGGCUAGUUAUCGGCAGAGGUGGUGAGAAUGUGAAAGCCAUAAACCAGCAGACAGGCGCCUUUGUAGAGAUCUCCCGCCAGCUGCCACCCAACGGGGACCCCAACUUCAAAUUGUUCAUCAUCCGGGGCUCACCCCAGCAGAUCGACCAUGCCAAGCAGCUCAUCGAGGAGAAGAUUGAGGGUCCUCUCUGCCCCGUUGGACCAGGCCCUGGGGGACCAGGCCCUGCUGGCCCGAUGGGGCCCUUCAACCCUGGGCCCUUCAAUCAGGGGCCACCAGGGGCUCCCCCUCAUGCCGGUGGCCCCCCUCCUCACCAGUACCCACCCCAGGGCUGGGGCAAUACCUACCCCCAGUGGCAGCCCCCUGCUCCUCAUGACCCAAAUAAAGCAGCUGCAGCAGCCGCAGACCCCAACGCUGCCUGGGCCGCCUACUAUUCACACUACUACCAGCAGCCCCCGGGCCCAGUGCCGGGCCCAGCACCAGCCCCUGCGGCCCCACCCACUCAGGGUGAGCCCCCUCAGCCCCCACCCACCGGCCAGUCGGACUACACUAAGGCCUGGGAGGAGUAUUACAAAAAGAUCGGCCAGCAGCCCCAGCAGCCUGGAGCACCCCCACAGCAGGACUACACGAAGGCCUGGGAAGAAUACUACAAGAAGCAGGCGCAAGUGGCCACCGGAGGGGGCCCGGGAGCGCCCCCAGGCUCCCAGCCAGACUACAGUGCCGCCUGGGCUGAAUAUUACAGACAACAGGCUGCUUACUACGGACAGACUCCAGGUCCUGGCGGCCCCCAGCCACCUCCCACACAGCAGGGACAGCAGCAGGCAAGUGGGAAUUGCCACCCUCCUCCUCCUCCUUUUUCCUUCCAACCCCCGGCCACCGUCCAUCCUGCCUUAGUGGGUAGCGCCGGAAAUCCCUUCCCCUGCGGGGUGUGCCCUUGAUGCCGCAGCGGGGGCCAUGUGGCCAGAGGUCUCCGGGAGUCCCCACGCGCCCGCCGGGGAAGUGUACGCUGGGUCCAGAGGUUGAAGGAAGAGGCCUCCCUCCGCCAGCUGCUUGUUCCUGUGUAACGCUGCCGUGAUGCUGGGGGAGCUUGAAACAAACAGGUGGAACUUGUGGACUGGUGGGUAGUCCUGGGGGGAGGGGAGGGCGGCAAACAGCACAGAGGUUGGUCGCCGUCCCAGCAGCUCACUCAGAAUCUGGCCACUUGGGAAGAAAAUGUCUUAUUUCCCCCCCCCCCCCUUCUGCAUCACUAUUUUGGUUUUCGUUCUUUUUAUUCUUUUAUUUUUUAAACCCAUGAUCUCUUUCCCCCAUGUCCAAGUGACUCUGUGCUGCAGGCGGCCCUGGCUUUGGCAGGGCUGAGGGACCAGCCCUGGGGCCCCCGCCCUGGCUCGGCCUCCUCUGUCCUCGCGCUCGCCUCUGUGUCCCGGUCUUGUCUGUGAAGUGGGCAUGACGAUCGUUGCCACCUUCCAACCUACCUCACAGGGGUGUUGUGGGGACACCGUGAUCUCUGAAAUUGUUGAUGUUGUGAUGCGCCGGGAGCUGCCCACCGUCCUGAAGACACAGGGCACCCCUCCUCCCCUCCAGACUCUGAGCGCGCUUCUCUCUGCCUCUCCCCCUCUCUGUGGCCUGCUUCUCUCUUCCUGGCUGUCCUUCCUCCUCCUCUUCCUCCUCCUCCUCCUCCCAUCAGGAGCAGAGUCUGACUUCUGCUGAGCCCCUGUAAGCACUUGACCAGACAGUUCACAAACAUACAUCCUUCCAGCCUGAGCCAGCCACAGGUUCGGGAGAGGGGCAUCCCGGCCCCCUCCCUCCACCCUCCUCUCUUCCACCAACACCUCUAGUCUCCCACGCCCUCCCUCCCCUGCCCGUAGUGACCGAUGCCUAUCUCUUCCCUCUCCGCAGGCUCAAUGAAUCGAAUGAAUGUGAACUUCUUCAUCUGUGAAAAAUCUUUAUUUUUUUCCACUUUGUUUUGUUUGGGGGCUGUUUGGUUUUUUUUUUUUUUUUUUUUUUUUUUUUUAGGGCUUUUUUUUUUUGGUUCUGUUUUUUCCCAUUUGUUUGGCGAGAGAGCGAUGGCUGCCGUGGGGGGGUGUGGGGAGCCCUCCCUGGGAGCGGCUAAUGGAGUGUGCUGGGCUCUCUCUCGUUCAUCCUGUGUCUCACAUACUUUUUCUUUCAAAAUUGGGAUCCUUCAUGUUGAGCCAGCCAUAGAAGAUAGCGAGAACUAAAUUUCUGCCAAAAAAAAAAAUUUAAGAAAUUAAAAACACAAAGAGCAAAAUAAAACCUAUAAAAUUAUAUAUAUAUAUAAAAAUCUCUAUACAUACCCCCACCCCAUUCCCAGCCUUCCCAAAACUGCCUCUUUGAGGGUAAAGCAAUUCAUUUUCUCCCUGCCACCCUUGGCCCUCUUCUUGUUUUUAAAAUAAACUUUAAAAAGGAAAAAAAAGUCACUCUUGCUAUUUCUUUUUUUUUAGUUAGGGUUGGAACAUUCCUUGGACAAGGUGUUGGCAUUGCAGGACCCCUCCCCCCAUCAGCCCAGCCUCAGUCUCUCCUCCUCCUCUUCCUCCUCUUCCUCUCGCUCUUCCUUCCACUCCAGCUCAGCUCCUCGCGGCCCCCCUGCCCCCCACUCCCAGGACUGGUCUGAUCUGUUGUCUUUUCAUCUGUUCAAGAGAUUGAAAACAAAAUGAGAACAAAACAAAAAAAUAUUGUACGGCAGUUUUUACUUUUUAUCGCUCGUUUUUAACUUCACAAAUAAAUGAUAACAAAACCUCCCCGUGUCUGCCGGGUGCUGUCUGUCUCUAUAUCUCUUUCUGUCUCUGUCUCUCUUUCUCCCCCCACUAGAGUUUGGAAGCAGAUGUUUGUUCUUUAUAGAUGUUGUAAAAAAGCCUGAUAAUGGUGAUUGGAAAUUAUAAGCUUUGUGUUGUGUUUGUUUUUCUUUUUUCCUAAAAGAAGCAAAUAUAAAAUAGUUUUCUGCAGGCA